UCAGGUAGAAAAUCCCUAGGUGUUAUCCAGCAAAAUUCUUGUAGGAAGGCAAAAUUUCAUAAUGGCUUCUUGUUGAAAAAAAGGCGGUGGGUGGCUAAGAAUUAACAAUUUCGUUACAAAAGUGGUGCCUGCUAGUUAACGCGAGUUCCAGGAGUAAUUCUAGAUCAAUUUUUUAUAGUGUGUAGUGAUACAUAUGCCUUUUCGAGCGGUGUCUCGUGUGAAAAGAUGCUGCUAGCUUUCAAAACAAGGGCUCUGUUUUUAGUAUGAAGAUUUGCAUACAGAAAAUUUAUAAAACUUGUACUAAUUAUAUCGUAGUUACCUCCACUUAUUCAAUGGUAAUCACUGGAGAUAACUGAACAAACAACAUGGCUCGUAAAGGAGAAUCUAUCCGGACCAUCAACGUAGCAGUAGUAGGACUAUCCGGAGUGGAGAAAGACAAAGGUCAUGCAGGAAUCGGUAAAUCGUGUCUAUGUAAUCGUUUUAUUAGACCUCACGCGGAGGAUUACAACAUCGAUCAUAUCUCAGUAUUAAGUCAAACUGACUUUAGCGGUAGGGUGGUCAACAAUGAUCAUUUUUUAUAUUGGGGUGAAGUUUUGAAGUCUUUAGACGACGGAACAGACUACCAAUUUAGUAUAAUAGAACAAACAGAAUUUAUAGAUGAUGCAUCUUUUCAACCAUUCAAAGGUGGAAAGAUGGAACCUUACGUUAAACGGUGUACUGCUACUAAAAUUUCGUCCGCGGAAAAGCUUAUGUAUAUUUGUAAGAACCAAUUAGGAAUAGAAAAAGAGUAUGAACAGAAAGUUUUGCCAGACGGCAGAUUAAGCAUAGAUGGAUUUAUAUGUUUAUUUGAUGUGAGUGUUGUUCCGAGUCGUAGCAUUGACAAGCAAGUUGAUUUUUGCGCCGCUAUCUUUAACAAUAUUCUCAAAACAAAAAAGCCAGUUGUAAUGGUUACAACAAAAAAUGAUGAAGCUAAUGACAGUUUUAUCAGGGAGGCCCACAAAUUAGUUCAAAGAAGUGAAUAUAAGGGAAACAUUCCAAUGGUAGAGAGUUCAGCUCAUGAAAACGUCAACAUUGAUUUAGGAUUUUUGCUUCUUGCACAGAUCAUUGAUAAAACCAAAGUUCGAUUGAAAAUUCCUCCCUACACUGAGGCUGCUCUUGCUAGGAAGGAAAUUAUGGAUUCAGCUAGUGAUGCUUUCAUGAGAUUGAUUCGCGUUCAUGUAACUGACUGCCACGCUCUGUGGUCACAAACUCAAAAGAAACUUAAUAAUCACAAAGAAUGGAUUCACUUUGUUCAGUUGUUUGGAUUAGAUGGGACUCAAAGACUGUUUAAGCGGCAUAUCAAGAAACUGAAAGAUGAACAAAUGGCUAAACAAGUGGCAAGAUACAUGGAAAUGCUUCCAGAUGUCUUACAUGAUCUGAUUCCUGGAUUUAAUACACUACAAGACACUGAUUGGACUUCUAUUCAACAGUACAUAAAAAAUCAUCCUAAUUUUUCACAGUAUUUCUUUGAACGUCCUGAGGAUAUGCCUUGGUCAGAGUGUGUAGGCUCAGAUAGCGAUGAGACCAGAAUACCAUUUGAUGUAUUAGACACCAGUGAAGCGGAAACGGUAUUUAAAAAUCAUAUCAAUGUCUUACAGCAAGAACAAAAGAGAUUGGAGUAUAAAAAACAGUUUAAACAAUUGCUUGAAGACACGGGUUAUGUUACACCUGGCAAACACUUGAGUGAAGUUAGAGUCUUAUUUAUGGGGAGAGAAUGUUUUGAAGCACUUUCUGAACAUGAUUGCCAGCAAAUCUAUGAUGCACAUCAACGCGAACUAAUUGAAAACGCGAAACACAAUUUCCAAGAACUAUUGUUGGAACACGCAGAUUUGUUUUACCAUUUCAAAAGUAUAGCACCAACAGGGACAAUUACUCAAGAUGAUAUUAAAGAAAUUACUGAUACUCUGCAAGAAGAUUUUAGGUAUAAGAUAUUAGAUCGCCUUGAUCAAGACAGAAAAUUAACUCUCUUCCAACAUUUGGGUUUUAUUCAUUAUCCUAUUAAGGAACACUGUCCAGCUUUUCCUAAUUGCAUGGACUCAUUAAUUGAAAGAAUUUUAGCGACAAAAGCGCAUAGACCUUCCUCCUGGAAUCAUAGUAAUCAAUGGUUAAUGAGUUCAGAGAAUAACCAACUGAAUUUGCUAAUUUUGGGACUAAAUAAUUUAGCUGAUAAUCUGGCGGCUAAAAUCAGAGCACAGUGUGACGAUGACGAAUAUGAAAUUGACUGUCAGUUUUAUAGCUUAGACUAUAGAAUCAUUAAUGGAGAUGUCAGUUUGCCACAUAAUUCUUUUAGAACUUCUGAUUUUAUACCCCACGGUAGUUUCUGUGUAUAUUCAAAUGCAGAAUCAUUUGAAUAUAUCAGAGAAAGUUUGGAGAAAAAACUGUUAUCUAAUCUAGAACAGGAUGAUAAGUUACCUUUUCAAGGACUACCAAUAGUUCUUUUAUAUUUACAAGAUUCUUCUUCUGAUGAAAAAGAAAUUCUAAGGCUUAAAGAGGAUGGUCAAAAUUUAGCUGACUCUUUACAAUGCCCUUUUAUGGAAGUUUCUUUGGACCAAAUAUCAGAAGAACAACUAGUAUCCGAUGCUCUGCACCAAUUAGUUCAGAGUAUUCAUCACAGAUCUGGUUUUUUAAAUAUUAAUCAAUCCGUCAUUGAAUGUGUUGAGCCAGAUAUAAGAGUUAUCAUGUGUAUGUUCUGUGGUGACCCAUAUUCUGUUGAAAAUGUUUUGUCACCUUUACUUAAUCAUCAGUUUUGCUUCUUGUCUUCUCCCCAUAGUGUAAUUUUAGAGACGUUUUUAGGAGAUUCCAAAAGAAAGGUAGAGGUGAUUGUUUCAUCAUUCCAUGGUGCAAAUGCAUUCCGGGACGAAUUAGUUCAUGGUUUUAUUCUUGUUUAUUCUACAAAGAGAAAAGCAUCUCUAGCUACUUUAAACGCCUUUUCCAUGAACAUUCCAAAUCUUCCUAUUCAAAUUCUUGCAGUUACUGAUUCUGGCAGCGCCACAGCAUUUUUUAACGACGAUCUAAGUCAAAUGCUUAUAACUGAAGGUAACUCUACCGCUGAUAGGCUUGGAGCACAUUUUAUGACAUCUUCAGCAGUAAUGCAACCAAAAACUGCGUUCUUUACACCUUUCUUUAAAGAAGUGUGGGAAAAGAAACCAGAAAUUGAACAAGCUUUCCAUAUGGAGGAGCCUUCAGGUUUAGAUAGUGGAGAAGGAACUUUAGAAAGAUCCAGGUCAAUUGGAAGACAUGGGCAUCCCAUGCCACCACCUAGAAACGAAAGUUACUAUCUUAAAUUAGGUAAUGAAGGCAGUGAAAGUGAAAACUUUGACCUUAGCGGACCCGAUGAUAAACUCAGUUCCAGUGAUCACAGUGAUAGAUUUUCAAGUAUUUAUAUGUAUGGAAGCGAAGGUUCUAUGGGAAAGAAAAGACAUAACCACUCUGGGUUACAAAUAUAUCCGCCACCGGCAACGCCGCCUGAGCCUGCGCCUCCUGAUAAUAUAGGUUCUAGAUAUUCCAAGAAAUCUUUGAUGUCGUCACAAACUAGUUUGGAUGAUGUUAAUUAUGGAGAUCCAGGUAUAUCAAUUCCUGGUAGCACAUGGAAUAAUUACCAACAACACGCCUUUACAACUGGAAGGAGGCAUAUUCCUUUAUCAAAGUCUCGCUCUAAAGGCAUAUCACAAACUCUGAAACAACCGGGAAAGUUAAAUAUGAAGAACUAUUCCGCAGUUACAGAAGCAAUCGCUCGUAUGAACAUGAGCGAUGGAAAUUUUGGAAGUGCUCCGUUAGCCACUCCAGAAACUGUAGAUUUGGGUAGUGAAUAUGCUCAAGUCAAAGAUAUGGUGCAUAUGUAUCCUCCUGAUUCUGAAUACAUGUACACUAUGGUUCAGGACGCGAUCAGUGGUAAGACUAAAUUGAGACAGCGCCGUGAAAAGGGACAACCCAGUUAUUCCGAUUCUGACAGCGAGUGGUCGAGUUUAGAACGAAGGCAAAGAGCUAGUGAAAUAUAUUCAAAAGUAAAUCGAAAAGGCGGUACUCAUAAACGACAAAGGAAGAAACGCACUGCCAUACCUGUUCAGCCUCCCAGGGUACCUCAACUGGGAGCGUUUACGAUGCCCUCUGUACAUUCACCGUCAGUCGAAGGUGACGAAAAGGUGAACGUAGCUACCGAAUCUAAUUCCGACUCGUCUGAGGCUAGCGAGGGUGAACAGUUCCCUCAAACUAAUAUCGGAGACAUUCGACAUAAAUUCGCCCAGAAACGAAGCCAAAGCCUGAAAAAACGCAUGCCCGAUCUACCUAACGCUCACAAUUUUAAUAUUCAUUUAAAUUCGUUAGAUUUGUACACCGGACAAGCAAACUCGUAUGGGCUCAUGCACGAAGACGAGUCGAGUCUUGACGUGUCGUCACCGAGAGAUAAUAAUUCUCCCAUGUUCGGCGUGUUUCCCAAGAUGAAGGAAAGCGACAUCGAAAAGAUUCUACGGAAGAGGGAGAAACAGAAAGCCAAGGACGACUCCAAACUAGAGAAGAGGCGGUUAAAGGAGGAAAAAUUAAGAAAAGUUGCCGAGGAAAAAGACAGGAAGCGCCAACAAAAGACGAAACAGAAGGCCGCCGUUUUACCCAGCGGAGUCCCAUCUAAACUGACAGAUUACAUUCAGUCUGACAAAAAUUAUAUUCCUAUCUUUAUGGAAAAAUGCGUAAAGUUUAUUGAAGCGGAAGGACACGAUUCAGAAGGAAUAUACCGUGUUCCCGGCAACAGAGCCCAUGUCGAUUUGUUAUUUCACAAAUUUGAGGAAGACGCGAACGUAGAAAUUCACGAACUAGAUAUACCUGUCAACGCGGUGGCGACAGCAUUGAAAGAUUUUGUUUCAAAACGUCUACCGCCUCUAUUCGACGAGAAUGUGAUGUCAGAAAUGGAGGAGAUCGCGGGAACACGCAUGAAACCUAUGGUUACUACCACCGGCAACAUCGAAGUUAAAGCGGACCGAAGUUGCAGACUUCUCGCGCUCAGACAAAUGUUAGACAAGCUGCCGCCCAUCAAUUUCGCCAUCCUCAAGUUCAUGUUCCAACAUUUCGUUAAAAUCACCGAAAACUCCAAGUUAAACAGCAUGGAUUCGAAGAAUAUGGCCAUUUGCUGGUGGCCCACGUUGUUGCCGAUUGAGUUUAGCGACAUGGGUCGUUUCGAGCAAAUGCGACCGUACCUGGAGGACAUCGUACAAACCAUGAUCGAUCAGUACCCUUUCUUGUUCUGUGGGAAGGAGGCGUUCGUUAUGGUGUAAAUUCGUAACGAAUUACACUCCGAUCGUUACCAUAGAAGUAGUUUUUUACGAGAGACAAACAGAAUGAUGCAAACGACUCUAAAAGACGCACAACUUGCCCAGUCAAGGCUCCGUUGAGGUCGUGCGACCUCUUUGUUAAACAAUUUUAGAGGCCUUGGUGUUCUUAGCGAUGAAUAACUAACUGUCUUAUGAUGCAGUCUGCGUUUAUUCAUUUCUAUUAAACGCAAACUGUUCGUUAAAACGAACGCUGACCGAUCUGAAGUCAAUAUUAUGAAAUUGUUUUGGAAAUAUCAAUAUACAACGUAUAAACUAUAAAUACUCGAUGUAAUAAUGUUGUAUUUUAAUUAACCAAUAUUUGCAAAUGUAUACUAUACGAUCUAUAUAAAAAAACCUUUAGUGUGGCCUUUGAAGUGACAAUCGCUUAUAGUUUGUUUUUCCCACCGCUAUCUAUGUAUUAUUUAUUCAAAAUUGACAUAAAAACUUGUCAGAAAUUACUAUUUAAAUAGAAAUAAAUUAAAGAUUCCAAACAUGUAAAUGUUGAGAGAACAGAUUUGUCUAGAAACUUUUUAUUUUAUUUCUAAAGUAUAUUUUAAUUUUCGGUAGUUUCUGUCAGUUUGUAAUAAAUGACAUAUACCGAUCUGGUCAUCGAAACUGCGUGGUCUGGAUUUUAACGUGUAAGACAGUGAUGUCGACAGCUUAAUGGAAAAUCAAAUGUAUUAAAGAGAUAAAAAUUGGGUUGAUACAUUUUUUCUAUGCGGUAUUGCCGGAUUUAGCAUCGAAAUUUCAAAUCGCACAAGUAGGCGUUUAUGAAAACUGUUGCGUCUAGGGUUUGAACUUUAUUUUUCUCAAUUAGUUACUCAUUUUACCACAGGUGUAAUAGAUUAUAUUUAACUUAGAUAUAUUAUCUUCAUUUCAGUAGUAUACAUGAAAGUUUUUAAAAUAGUUUACUUGUUUCUACACACAUUUUCCUACAAACGUAAAAACUGGCAACCCUGUAUGCCGGUUUUAAUUUUGUCUCUCUGUCUGUCAACCGAUCAUUUAUAUUUAUCUCUGUCGCAUGCAUUAAAAUACAGACCACGCAAGUGACCAGAGCUAGUAUACAGAGGUUGGACUGACAGAAAUGAUCAGCAAUUGUCAUUUCAAGGGUCUCUUUGACAGCGUUUUUUGAUCUUACGGUAGUUUAAUUCUUAUUUUAAAAUAUAGAAUAAUUUAAAAGGUUGCAACAAUUUCAUACGAUUUUACAUGAAAAAUAUACGUAUUUAUAGUUCAUAAAAUUAAAUUGUAACUUAAAUGUGGAUCUGUGAUUGUCUAUAAAUUAUGAAAAUGAUGUGAUAUCAGUGUCUUCGAAAGUAUACAGAAACACCAAUGGUCAAAUAAUUAAAAUUAUACUUUGAUAAUAAGUAAACAACAGUUAACAUAAGAACAGUUUACAAGUACUUUCGAUAACACUAAUGUAGACAUAUUGACCUGAGUAUUGUAAACGCUAUGAUGCGCCACUGAAUGUACAUAGUGUUGACUUCACAAAUUAAUGUAAACCUUCUAAUGGGUUGUGUAUUUAUUAAAAAAAAAUAGUAGAAUAUAGAUGGAUGUUGUAUCUUUUUCAAAUAUCAACGAGUAAAACGGUGUCGUGCCGAGUCCAUUUUUGUAUUCCUCGGUGUCACAAUUUGUCAUUUGAAAAAUACUAAAAAAAAAGGAAAAUAUCACAUGUUUGUGGUUCCAUAUACAAAAAAGUACCCAAAGCUUUAACGUUUUUAAGAUAUUUAGGUGUAAUUGUACGAUGGAAUGUUUUCUAGUAAGUUGGUGUUGAUGUUUUUUAGCUCUUGAAAUGAAAUGUCGCAUUAAAAACUUUUUUUAAACAACAUAAUGAGACAAUAAAUGUGAUAAAUCAAUUUGCGUUAAAUUGCCCCUCCUAUACUCUUUUAAUUGCGGGGGUAUUAGAGAAAAAAAAUAUGUUUUCACUUCUACUGAACUUGAAUAAAAAUUGUUUGGAUCAUGUCUUAUUUAUCUCUAGAUCUGGCCUAAUAUAAAAAAAAAUUCAGUUAGUUCGCGCAUUUUUCGAUUUACUAAAAGAAAUAAUUUUGGCAACGAGAAUUUGAAAGGCGGUAUGGAAGUUAUUAGGGCCUAAAAUGGUGCCAGUAAUUUCUGCUGGGAAGAAUGAAGAUUUGUUUUUAGUUAUAAGUUUUUUGCGACUCUUUAUCUAAAUGUACAUUAUAUUUUAUUAUUAUAUUCAUUUUAGAUAUGCGUAAGUAUACCCAAUGAUUCUUUUUCAUAUUAUAUUUUAAUAGUAUUUUUUUCUUUACUCGAAUAAGGAAUAUUUUUGUAGCGAGAGCACAAAAAAAUCUUAAAAAGAUUUUUCAAGACUGAGUCGCAUUUAAAAUUACUUGGUGUGCCAAGCAAUUUCUAGUCUGCAAUAAUAAUAAAGAUGAAUAUAUAAAUAUCCCUUCCGAUUUUUUUACUUGUAUAUUGUAUAUUUUGA